UGCUAAGAUGGUUACAUAAAUUGAAAUACUAUAAAUGUAUCGAAAAUUUAAUUGUCUUCACAUAACUUUCCUGACAAACCUAAACCACAACUUAUAGCCACUAACGAUGCUCGCCUUUGUAGCUUUGACCGUGUUUGUGCAGAGUGUUUUGGGGGGAAACCUAGUAGAGGUUCUACAAAACGAUGGGGAGACGACUUUGAUAGCUCUUGUUAAACAAGCGGGUCUGGCCGACGCUCUACUGUCAGGAGAGUACACUAUAUUUGCUCCAACAAACGCUGCUUUCUCCAAACUUCCCCAGUCUGUCCUUGACGGUCUACAGAGAGAUACCACCGCUUUGGCAAAUAUCCUAAAGUACCACGUGGUCAAAGGUUCCAUUCACAAGGCCGAUGCAUCCAAUGAGCUUCAGUUGGAGACUUUGGCUGGAACCAAAAUCAGAUUCAACAUCUAUAAUCACAAUAACGUUGUUACAGUGGAAGGAUCCAAAAUCACACACUUCGACCUGACCGCCUCAAAUGGAAUGGUGCACGUCAUCGACACCGUGAUGAUGCCUCCUUCAGGAAGCAUUGUGGAUUUGGUGGCUGGCAACAGUGACCUGAGCACUCUUUUAUCUAAGGUGCAGUCAGCUGGAUUAGCCGGGGCACUACAGGGAGAUGCUCUAACAGUGUUUGCACCAACCAAUGCUGCGUUCAAUAGACUUGGCAGUCAUGUUUUGGACAAUCUUAGAAGAAACCCACAGCUUCUAAAAGAAAUUCUGGAGUACCACGUCGUUCCUCACACUGAAUACUCAGCUGGAUUGUACAACCGAGAAUACCUCAGAACUCUUGAUACUCACCAUGACGUCAUCAGACUUGGAGUCAGCAGUACUAACGGUGUUGUAAUUAAUCUCCGUUCUCACGUGACACAAGCCGACAUCAGCGCCACCAACGGUGUUGUACACAUCAUUGAUCACCCACUAACGAUGUUCGCCUUUGUAGCUUUCACCGUGAUUGUGCAGAGUGUGUUUGGAGGAAACCUGGUAGAGGUUCUACAAAACGAUGGGGAGACGACUUUGAUAGCUCUUGUUAAACAAGCGGGUCUGGCCGACGCUCUACUGUCAGGAGAGUACACCAUAUUUGCUCCAACAAAUGCUGCAUUCUCCAAACUUCCCCAGUCUGUCCUUGACGGUCUACAGAGAGAUACCACCGCUUUGGCAAAUAUACUGAAAUACCACGUGGUCAAAGGUUCCAUUCACAAGGCCGAUGCAUCCAAUGAGCUUCAGUUGGAGACUUUGGCUGGAACCAAAAUCAGAUUUAACAUCUAUAAUCACAAUCACGUUGUUACAGUGGAAGGAUCCAAAAUCACACACUUCGACCUGACCGCCUCAAAUGGAAUGGUGCACGUCAUCGACACCGUGAUGAUGCCUCCUUCAGGAAGCAUUGUGGAUUUGGUGGCUGGCAACAGUGACCUGAGCACUCUUUUAUCUAAGGUGCAGUCAGCUGGAUUAGCCGGGGCACUACAGGGAGAUGCUCUAACAGUGUUUGCACCAACCAAUGCUGCGUUCAAUAGACUUGGCAGUCAUGUUUUGGACAAUCUUAGAAGAAACCCACAGCUUCUUAAAGGUAUGUAUUUCUCAAUUAAUAUCUUAUUUACUUAUGAUUACAAGUUAAAUUAAGAAUGCAGGUAAGAUCUCUCUUUUUCUCAUUAGAAAUUCUGGAGUACCACGUCGUUCCUCACACUGAAUACUCAGCUGGGUUGUACAACCGAGAAUACCUCAGAACUCUUGAUACUCACCAUGACGUCAUCAGACUUGGAGUCAGCAGUACUAAUGGUGUUGUUAUUAAUCACCGUUCUCACGUGACACAAGCCGACAUCAGCGCCACCAACGGUGUUGUACACAUCAUUGAUCACGUACUUAUUCCAUCCCGUUAUCUUUUCUCUGCGAUAUUGGGGAAAAAGUAAUCAUCUGAACAAACCAUUUUGACAUUUUUGAAGCCAUGUCUCCAUUGAAUCACACAUUUUAAUUGUAUAUACUUGUUAUUGAAUAUGCUUGUUAUUUUUAUUGAGUGAAUACGUACUAAAUUUGCAAUAAACAUUGACAAAACGUGAAA